AUGAAGUGGUCAUCAAGCAAGAUCGUGCCCUGGCUCGCUGUGGCGACAGCCCAACAAGCACGCUCCCACUCAAUAUUCACUACUCUGUUCGUCGACGAGGUCUCGCAGGGCGACGGCACAUGCGUGAGGAUGAAUCCGUCCCCCGAACACUGCACUGACCCCAUACCGGAUCUCGCGAGCAAAGACAUGGCAUGCGGCAUUGGAGGCGGUACACCUGUAGCCUUUACAUGUCCCGCCGCGGCCGGCAGCAAGCUCACCUUCCAGUGGCGCCUCUGGGCCAACGCCGAGAAGCCCGGCGUCAUCGACAAGAGUCACAUGGGGCCCUGUGCCAUCUACGCCAAACACCUCGACAGCAUGGACACAGGCACAGCUGCCGGUGAUGGAUGGAUCAAGCUCUGGCACGAGGGCUACGACUCGGCCUCCGGAAAAUGGUGCACUGAGAAGCUCAUCGACAACGAAGGCCUGCUGUCCAUCAACCUCCCCGCGGGCCUGACGGCAGGAAACUGGCUGUUCCGCCCGGAGCUGCUGGCCCUGCAGAAUGUGGCGCAGAACGACCCCCAGUUCUACGUCGGGUGCGCCCAGGUCUUUGUCGAGAGCAGCGUCACUGAGCCCCUGGACGUGCCAGCGAAAUACAAGGUCAGCAUCCCCGGUCACGUCGAGCAGGGACAUCCGUCGACUACCUUUGAUGUGUGGAACCCCAAGUUUCCGUACACCAUGCCUGGACCAGAUGUCUUCGUGGUGCCGGCUCCUCCUGCGACUGCGUCCUCGGGGGGUCGUGGGGCCACCAGCAACAGCACCCCCGUGAUGAAGCAGUCGGCUGGCCAAAUCCCUGCGAAGGCAAUUAGCAAGAACGCAAACUGGGUCGGCUUCGAGGUGCCCUCGUUCACCAACGAGGACGGGUGCUGGAAGGCCACCGAGAACUGCUGGCAGCAGUGCGAGGCGUGCUAUGCGGAUGCGCCGGUCACGGGCAAUGCAAACUGCCAAGUUUUUGAGGAAAAGUGUACCGGUCUAAACGCCGCAUGCGAGGCAGGAAACUUCCGAGGACCAAAGAAUGCUGGUGCUAAGCUUCAAAGCGCAGACCCGGCGCCGCCAGAGUGGUUCCCUCCCGCUGUCAAUGAAGGUGCUGGGACUGGCGGCGGUGCCAGUGAUGGUGGUGAUGAUGGGGAGGAGGGCAACGACGAUGACGAGGAAAACGCCGUCGUUGUCACCCCGCCAGCGGCAGCCGUAACCGUGACGGUGACAGUCACGGCUCACGCGUCGCGAGCUACUGGUUCGGCUUGA